CGUUUUUUUUUUUUUCCAAAAAAUUAUUAUCGAUAUGAAGGUUUUCAUUUUACUUAUUUCGUUAAUCACCGGAAUUCUGGCCGACGCAUACAUAGAAAAAUUGGAAUCGGCUUCGAAAGCUUGCGGGGUCGAUGGACUUAAAGAAUUGGCAGCCUUAGAAGGAAAAAACGAUAAAACGCAUUUAGGUACAACAUUAUUUUGUAUAAAUAAAGAAAUAGGGCUGCAAGAUGAUAAGGGGAUUAUUAAUAAAGACAAAGUGGCGGUUCACAUUAAGACAAUGUUGAAAAAUAAGAACGAAACAUUCCAAAAUGACGUAAUCAACGAUUGUAACGAACCAACGGGUGAAAACGGUGCAGAGAAAGCCUUUAAUUUCAUGACAUGUCUCCAUCAGAAACUUAAACAUUAAAUAUUAUAUAAAAUAUAAUUAGAAAUCGUUUAUAUUGAAAUAAAAUACGAUAAGUUGUUGUA